AUUCAUCCAUCCAUUCAUUUAUCCAUCCAUCCAUCUACUCAUUCAUUCAUUCAUUCAUUCAUUCAUUCAUUCAUUCAUUCAUUCAUUCAUUCAUUCAUUCAUCUAUCCAUUCAUUUAUCCAUCCAUCCAUCUACUCAUUCAUUCAUCUAUCCAUUCAUUUAUCCAUCCAUCCAUCUACUCAUUCAUUCAUCCAUCCAUUAAUUUAUCCAUCCAUCCAUCUACUCAUUCAUUCAUCCAUCCAUUCAUUUAUCCAUCCAUCCAUCUACUCAUCCAUCCAUUCAUUCAUUUAUCCAUCCAUCCAUCGACUCAAUCUUUCAUCCAUUCAUUCAUUUAUCCAUCCAUCCAUCUAUUCAUCCAUCCAUUCAUUAAUUUAUCCAUCCAUCCAUCGACUCAAUCAUUCAUUCAUCCAUUCAUUCAUUUAUCCAUCCAUCCAUCUACUCAUUCAUUCGUUCAUCCAGCCAUUCAUUUAUCCAUCCAUCGAUCUGUCUAAAUUGAUCAGUUCCGCCUUUUAUCUGUUCAUGUUAGUUUUUAUACCAUAGGCCUAACUCCCCCUCUCCCCCCUCUCCCCCCUCUCCCCCUCUCCCCUCUCUCUCAGGACCCUGAGAAGCACAAGAUCUGCCUGUUCGAGGUUGGAGAGUUCAAGGGUCGUAAGAUGGAGAUCAUGGAUGAUGAUGUUCCCUCUCUGUUCUCCUACGGAUUCACCGAUAGGGUCGGCAGCAUCAUGGUCAGCUGCGGAACGUGAGUGGUCCUCGCCGCGGCAACAGGCCACACCCACACCGCAGACAAACAUGCCAUUGGUCUAUAGGAUGACUAGUCCUGCCCCCACUCCACAGACACACAUGCCAUUGGUCUAUAGGAUGACUAGCCCCGCCCCCACACCGCAGACACACACAUGCCAUUGGUCUAUAGGAUGAGAUAGAGCAGGAAGAGGACAGUGAUGUCAUUAUGACAUAAACAACCAGGCAUCACCAAACCUAGAUAGUGAAGUCAUCAUAGCCCUCAAAUUAGAUCGUUUGGAAUCGACUGUACAAAUAGCUUCAUUCAUUUCAAAUUGCUGAGGCGUUCCACUGUUUCUAUGUAAAUAAUAGAAUUCAGAACCAACUGUUCCAAAUAUAGUUUGGAAUGACGAAAGUUUCCACAAUAGUUUUAAUUGUCAGAGGGGUUCCACUUAGAAGAUAAUUUAAUAUAUAGACUCUCUGUUUCCCUCUGGCUUCCUGUGCCUACAUACUUCAAAUAUCUAGUCUGCCACCCAAAUGGCCCCCUGUUACCUCUAUAGCACUGUGGGUACUGGUCAAAAGUAGUGUACUAAAUAGGGAAUAGGGUGCUAUUUGGGACGCAGCCCUGAAGAUCUAUGAUUCAUGACAUCACUUUUAGAAAUGCAGCAGGAAUGAUGUCAGGAUGUCUUUUCUGUUUCAAUCAGCCUCUUCAGAAUCAGAACAAAGGGUUUUAUAUAGCACAGUAUGUUUGUGUGUGUGUAUGUGAGCUUCGUCUCUCCAGUGUAUCUGCACAGUGAGAGAGGAGAUAGGUCCAGUCCUUCAUAGAUGGGUUUGGCCCACAGUGAGUAGACAGGUUCCCCACUGGUUGAAACAACAAACGGACAGACUGGUACCUGUGGCACUACAGGCAAAACGUGACAAACAGAUCAAUAUCUCUAUUUAGCAAGACAUAUCUCUCCCUCACAGCCUCCCACUCCCCUGCCUGUUCCUCUGAUGCUGUUGGCUUCUCAUCUUCUCUCUCUGUCUCCCUCGGUUCUCUCCCUCGGUUCUCUCCCUCGGUUCUCUCCCUCGGUUCUUUCCCUCGGUUCUCUCUCUUCUACUUUGCACUUCCUUGUUUAUCUCUCUACCUCUGUGUCCCUUCUGCCCUCUCUCUCUGUCUCACACUAUCGAUUCUCUCUCCGUCUUUCUUUCUCGGCCUCUGUGCAUCUGUUCUUCCUCCUCUCUUUCUCCCAUCUUGCUCUCUCUCUUCCCCCAUUCCAUCCCUCAUUCACUCAGCCCUUUCCACCUUCUCCUCUCUCCUCUCUCUCUCUCUCUCUCUCUCUCUCUCUCUCUCUCUCUCUCUCUCGCUCUCUCUCUCUCGCUCUCUCUCUCUCCCCUUGUCUAUUUCUCUCCCUCCAUCCCUCCAUCCCUCUCUCCCUCCAUCCCUCUCUCUCUCCCUCUCUCCCUCCUCCCUCUCUCCCCAUCCCUCUCUCCCCUCUCCCUCCAUCCCUCUCUCUCCCUCUCUCCCUCCAUCCCUCUCUCUCUCCUUCCAUCCCUCUCUCCCUCCACCCUUCUCUCCCUCCAUCCCUCUCUCUCUCCAUCUCUCCCUCCAUCCCUCUCUCUCUCCUUCCAUCCCUCUCUCCUUCCAUCCCUCUCUCCCUCCAUCCAUCCCUCUCUCCCUCCACCCCUCCCUCUCUCCUUCCAUCCCUCCACUCAUCCCCCUUUUCCUCUCCUCUUUUCUUCCAGCUGGGUGGGUUACCAGUUCCCUGGAUACCGUGGUUCCCAAUACCUCCUGGAGAAGGGUGACUACAGGCACUUCAACGAGUUCGGCGCCCGUCACCCCCAGUUCCAGUCUGUGAGGCGUAUCCGCGACAUGCAGUGGCACCAGCACGGCUGCUACACCUUGUCCAGCAAGUGA